AUGGCCGAAACGAAUGCUUCCCCAGCCGUGGGGCACGCUUCCGUCGUUCCCGCCAUCGAGCCAAGCAUCAUCGAGCCCAUGGCCAUGAGGGGCCCCGACGAGCCCGAUGCCACGACGCGUUCCCGCAGCAACUUCCGCAUCUUUGCCAUCAUGGUCGCCUUAUACCUCGCCCUCUUCGUCGGCGCACUGGACCAGAUGAUCGUCUCGACGGCGAUCCCAACCAUGACGUCGCAGCUGGGCUCGGCCGCGGGCUACACGUGGAUCGGCGGCGCCUACCUGCUCGCCAAAGUCGCCGUCAUGCCAAUCUGGUCCAAGCUGUCCGACAUCUGGGGCCGCAAGCCCAUCCUCCUCGCCAACCUCGUGCUCUUCUUCCUCAGCAGCAUCGUGUGCGCAACCGCCCAGACCAUGGCCGCCCUGAUCGCCGGCCGUGCCCUCCAAGGCGUGGGCGGCGGCGGCCUGAUGCAGAUGGUCUACAUCACCAUCGCCGACAUGUUCUCCCUGCGCCGACGCAACCUCUUCAUCGGCCUGACGGAGCUGAUCUGGGCCGUCGCCGCCGGCGUCGGUCCCGUGCUGGGCGGCGCCCUGGCCCAGCACGCAUCGUGGCGGUGGAUAUUCUGGCUCAACCUCCCCGUCUCUGGCGCCGCCUUUGGCCUCGCCCUCCUCUACCUGGACGUGCACGACCCGCGUACCCCCAUCCUACGCGGCCUACACGCCGUCGACUGGUGGGGCGGCACCGCCAUGCUCGGCCUCACCACCCUGCUCCUCGUCGGGCUGACCCUCGGCGGCGACGCCGCCUCCGCCUGGUCCUCAGCCAAGGUCAUCUGCCUCCUCGUCUUCGGCACCCUCCUCGCCGGCGCCUUCCUCGUCUCGGAGCACAAGCUGGCCGGCGCCCACCCCAUCGUCCCGCUGCGGCUGUUCGCCAUACCCGGCCUCCCCGCCGCGCUGGCCGCGGGCGCUGCCCAAGCCUUCGUCGCCAUCGGCGCCGAGUACUACCUGCCGCUGUACCUGCAGUCAGCGCGGCUGGCGUCGCCCACGGCGUCGGGCGUGCUGAUCCUGCCGCUGAUCCUGAGCGAAGCCGCCACCGCCACCGUCGCCGGGCUCGCCAUCCACCGCACCGGCGAGUACAAGGCGCUCUUCGUCGGCGGCAUGGUGCUCGCGACCGCGGGCGUCGCCGCGUGGGCGGCGCCCGGCGUGCUGGAUGCGUCGACGCCGCUGCGCACCCUCGUGGGCGUGCAGGUCCUCGCCGGCGCCGGGCUCGGCCUGGGCUUCGAGACGCCCGUCAUCGGCAUCCAGGCCGCGGUGCCGCAGGCCGACGCGGCGGCCGCGACGGCGACCCUGGGCCUGCUGCGGAACCUGGCCAACGCCCUGUCCGUCGUCGUCGGCGGUGUCGUGUUCCAGAACGGCGUCCGCCGCCGCGAGGGCGAGCUGCUGGCCGCGGGCGUGUCGCGCGAGCUGGCCGCCGUGCUGGCAGGGCCCGAGGCCGCCGCCAAUGUGGAGGGGAUCAGGCGUAUUGCGGAUGGGGGGCAGCGGUGGGCGGUGCGGAACGCGUUUGCCGACGGGUUGAGGGAUGUGUGGAUCUUGUAUGCGUGUGUGGCUGGGGCGGGCGUCUUGGCCUCGGUGUUUGUCAGGAGGAGUGUGUUGAGUGAGGAGCAUACCGAGACGAAGACGGGGUUGGGAAAGCAGGAGGAUGAUAAGUCGGUCGGUGGUGCUGCAACCGCCGCGGCGGCGUGCUGA